AUGCAGGCCUUGAGGAAAGUCUUUCGGCCUCAUGCUCUUCCUCUUCAUAGGAGCCUAGUUUCAAGCAUAUCCAAAAGACACCUAUCUAUUACAUCUCGAGUCAACAAUGCUGAUCGAACCUCAGGAAACUCAAUUUCCAAAGAGGAGUUGUUCAAAUACACAAAUGGCCGAUUUCUUUCCGAUGAAGACCGCCAGCUUUCCAAGCGUUAUGUUCGUUUUGACGUUGACAGGUUAUGUGAUGUGAUCGCAAGCAUCCCCGGAGCUGGGGCAACGCAGGUAUCCAAGAUAGAGAAGAUGGAGGGUGGAUUCAGCAAGGCCCUUCUUGUGACAACCGCAGGUGGCUCGGAAUACAUCGUCAAAAUUCCGUGUCCGAAUGUAGGGAGGCCUAUGUACUGCACAGCAUCCGAGGUUGCGGUCUUAGCAUGGAGUGCUAAUUCAAACAACCCGGUAGGCGCUGAGUAUAUUGUGAUGGAGCGGGUCCCUGGUGUCCAGAUCUUUAAGAAAUGGAGUGAAAUGGGGGAGAGCAACCGAUUAUCAAUCAUUAAACGUCUUACACAAUGGGAGCGUGAACUUGCUGAGAUUCGGUUUCCAGCUUUUGGUAGCUUGUACCACAAAAGCUCACUACAUGGUUCCUUGGGUGAGCAUGAAUUGAUCUCAUUAGAUCAAUCUGUGGAUCCUGAGGGUCUUUUUUGCAUUGGUCCCUCGUGUGAUUCUGCCUGGUUUAUGCAGCAUAGUCCCAGUGUUUACUGUGGUCCUUGGAAAACAACCCGUGAUUUGGGCGAAUCUCUCCUCAAUCGCUCACUGCUUAGGUCUCAACACGGUCCCAAUCCAGACCUGCCAGCCUCUCUGAAUAGUCCCUUAGAGGAAUAUUCAAUAAUCCUCGAUAUGGCAAAGAAGGUUAUGCCAGCGGUGGCAAACAAUCCCGAGCUACUAGCUCAGUCCCAGCCCACACUAUGGCAUACCGAUCUUCAUAUGGGAAAUAUUUUUGUCGAUGAAGAUAACCCAGCCGAGGUUACUGGCUUUAUUGAUUGGCAGCAUACUUCUAUCAAUCCCUUGUUUUUACAGGUCAGAUGGCCUAUCUUUCUAACUCCGCCCGAAGAUUACCAAGAGGGCCAGGUAUUGCCUCAGCUUCCACCCGACUAUGAAGAUAUGGACGCCGACGACAAAGAGAUCGCAUUAUAUAAUAAAGAGAAGGCUAUUUGGGCAAAAGCUUAUGAGGUUGCAUCAUUUUUGAAUGAUAGACCAGCUUGGAGAGCGAUGCAAGUCCCCUCGCCGCUGAAGGAAUUCUUCCGUCGUGGUGAUACUUGGGCUGAGGGGAUUUUCCCACUCCGGGAAACGUUGGUAGAACUUUUUCGCAGUCAACAGGACCUUGGGUUCACUGAAAGUCUGUUGCUCAGCUUCAAUGACGAGCAGAUCGCAGCACAUGAGAAGGAGUUUGAAGUAUAUCAGGAAUGGCACGAAAUGCGCAAUUUCGUCAAGAAAUAUCUUGAUACCGAUGACGAGGGCUGGGUUUCUCCGGAGUACGAUUUCACUGAGAUCCAAUCUCGAAACAAGGUGUUGUUCGACUACUAUGUUUCUAAAUCAGGUUUGAACAGGACCCCAGAUGAAGUCCGGGGCUUAUGGCCAUUUGUAAUCUAG